AUGCCUAAAAUCGCUUCAUCCGCGCUCCCCGUCUCGGGUCUGUUCGGGGUAGCGAAGCCCUCCGGCCCCACCUCUAUGGCAAUUAUCAACGACCUCAAGCAACUCAUUGGGAGCUCUCGGCUAUUCGUCGAAGAGUCCAAGAUCCCGAAGGAUAAAGCCAAGCAGCGCAAUAAGGGGAAACGAGGCAAGGAAGCUGUCAAGAUCGGGCAGGGCGGGACGCUCGACCCCCUCGCCGACGGAGUCCUCGUGCUCGGGAUUGGGAAGGGCACGAAAAAGCUGGGGGAGUUCCUGGACUGCGUGAAGGAAUACCGGACGACUUGUCUGCUUGGGUGCGAAACGGACUCUUAUGAUAGUGAAGGGGCGCAAGUGCGAUUAGCUCCCUGGAAGCAUGUUACACGGGAGAGCGUGGAGAAUGCCCUCGAUCAAUUUCGAGGAGAUAUUGAGCAAAAGCCCCCGAUUUUCUCUGCAUUGAAGAUGGACGGUAAACCACUGUACGAGUACGCGCGCAAAGGAAUCCCUCUGCCCCGGCCUAUCGAAAAACGGCCGGUGACGGUGCACGAGCUCGAACUCGUCGACUGGCUCGGGAGCGAGCACACCUUCUCCUACCCCGAGAAGAAAUUCACCGAGGAGGAAAAACAGGCGCUCGCAAAGUCGCUGCAGAGCGUUGAGGGGGCCGUGGACGUCAGGGACGAGGUUGACGCGGACCCUGUCCCGCAGCGGCCGGCCGCGUUCGUGCUGCGGAUGCGUGUGUCGGGCGGGACGUACGUGCGGUCAAUCGCGCACGACCUUGGGCACGCGCUGGGUUCCGCCGCGCACGUCGUGACUCUGACACGCACAAGGCAGGGGCGGUUCGCGCUGGAGCCGAAGCCUGAGGAGCCGGGGGACUUUGGGUGCGUGCCGUGGGAGGUGUUCGAGCGGGCGCUGGUAGACGCUGGCGAGGCGGAUGCGGACGGCUGGACGGAGUGGGAGAGGGAGGUGAUGGAGAGGCUCGAUGUCGUGGACGGGGAGAAAGGUUCAUCCUCCUGA